AUGGCAGAAGGCGUAGGGUGCGGUGUCUUGCCCAUAGACUGUAUGAUCUGCCGACGCUGGGGAAUGUUUUUGAAGCGCACUUCCGCGUACAAUGGUGUCGCACUGACACAGACACAGCAGAACCCUCCGACAGCUUUACCUGCGCUUUUUGUCGAUCCACGGCGGGGCGUGUUUGGGGCUCAUAGCUCUAACCCAGCCAUGAGCAUCAUCGGGGCAGAGGAUGAAGACUUCGAGAACGAUCUCAAUGAUGUGGGGGACGAUCAAUGUAAAUAUUUCAGUUCUAUCGACCAGCUAAAGGCCCACCCAGCACAUCUGCUCGCCUUCAUCCAACAUGUCAUCCUACAGUUUGACCCUGCGCCUUUGCUAUGUUACCUUCACGGGGAGCUCCUUAAAAACCUCAGUGCCAAAGAAACCAAGAAACAGUUUGUGGAGUUUACCAACAAUUUCUUGGACAAGGGUGCAAUUCUCCGAGUGGCAGUGCCAUUUCAUAUAAUAAAUGAACUAGACCGGACUCGACCAGAGUUGCUUGCAGAAGAUAUUCAAAGGCGUUAUGUCCUUGACGUCCAGGCUCUGCAGUCCGGCGAAGUGGCCAAACAGCUAGAAGAUUUCAGGACAAAGAGGAUGAUGGGAAUGACGCCAUGUGAAGCUGAGCUGGCUGAUGUGGAGAGCCACUAUCCCACCGACCGCAUCCCCAUGGAGAUGAAGGAGAAAUCUGUAGCAGAGAACCUGCUGGACAAGAUGGCAGAGUCACAGCCGACAAUUGUCUCGGAUGAAGAGAAAUGCCAGUCCAUCUUCUCAGCAGUGUCCUUCUACAUGAAGCACCUCGGAGUUAAGACCAGGGCUGUCGAUAGCAAGAAGUCCAGAGGAGGUUUCUUCAGGAUACCACUGGGAAAGAAUAAAAGGGAUGACAUACCGAAGAUUAAAACCAGACCAUUUCCAAGCAUUCCUAGUUGGAUGGGUGGAAAUAACAGUACUAUGUCUGAACCCAUGAAGCCUAAAGCCGAUGAAGUGCCUUCAGAACGCAAAGGUUCAUCCUCCAUCAGAAGCUCUGUGUCUGAACCAGCUGCAGGGAACAGAAAGUCCGUCACGGGGGCUAACCCUGUGGUGCUGGGGCUGACGCCGGAGAACUCAGAUGGGUCAGGGAAUAUCAGCAGUCCAGCGAACAGCCCCGAGGCCUUGAUCACUGACGGUCAUUUGCUCAAUCGCCUUGAGCCCCCGGCAGUGUCCGAUGGGGGCGACAUAUCUCCUGUCAGCCUGUGUGGAGGCCUGAGCAUAGUGGAGCCUCUGUCCUCUAGUGACACUCCCACAGAAGAGGCCGUAAAUGAAAAAGAGAGACGGAGGACAAGUAGGAAAGUGGCCCGCAGUGAGAGUGCUCGUGUGGACCGGCACUCGUCGAGGCGCCGUGGCUCGUCCCGGGCCAAACAGUCACGCUCUCGUAGUGAUGUGGACCUGCAGCCACCCUCCACCACAGCCUCACCCACCCCGCUCGUCCCCCAUCACCUCCAUCCUGCGGAUGGACCAGUUUUGGUGGCAGAAGGGCCAGGUGCUUCCCCCACCAGUCCCUCCCCACAGUUGGAAGAGGUGGAGCCGCGCCUCCUGGAGUUUGAACCGGACCCUCCUAACUGGAGGGAGCUAGCGUCCGCUACAAAACUGUCCUGCCUCAGUAAGAAUGAAACCAAAAGACAGGAGGUCAUCAACGAAUUAUUUGCCACUGAGCAUGCUCAUGUGCGAAUGCUGAGUGUCCUUCAGAUGAUUUUCUCCAAACCUCUGGAAAGACAGGAGCUGCUGACGGCUGAUGAAGUUGCUGCCAUCUUUCCCAACCUGGAUGAGAUUAUUGAUAUGCACUAUAACUUUUAUGAGAAUCUGAAGGUUCUGCGUUUGGAGGAUGGCUUCAUCAUCAAAUUCAUCAGCACCCCAGUUCUGAACAGGUUUGAGGGCACAGAGGGGGAGUGGUUCCAGAAGCUCACGGCUCGGUUCUGCAGUCACCAGUCGUGGGCACUGGAGCAGAUCAAGAGCAGGCAGAAGAAGGAGCCUCGCUUCAACUCAUUCAUCCAGGAUGCAGAGAGCAAACCACAGUGUCGCAGGCUUCAACUUAAGGACAUCAUUCCAAUAGAGAUGCAGAGACUCACCAAGUAUCCACUGCUGCUCGAGAACAUUGCCAAAUACACAGAGGACUCAACAGAGAAGGAGAGGAUUCAACAGAGCGCAGAGUGCUGUAGAAAGAUCCUCAACCAUGUCAAUGAGGAGGUCAAAAUGAUGGAGAACCUAUUGACUUUGAAGGAAUACCAAAGAAAACUGGACACAUCAGGACUCAAGCCCAGUAAUGAGCUCUACACAGAGUACAAGAACAUUGAUCUAACUCAGAAAAAGAUGCUAUUUGAAGGACCUCUGACCUGGAGAGUCACCAAAGAAAAGGCUAUUGAGGUGCAGUGUGUGCUGCUGGGGGACAUGCUGGUGCUGCUGCAGAAGCUGGAUGAUAAGAUGGUGUUGAAAUGCCAGAGUAAGAGUAACAUUGCUGUUCAAGAAGGAAAGAUGAUGCUGAGCCCGAUAAUCAAGCUGGACUCGGUGUUCCUGCGAGAGGUGGCCACAGAUCGAAAAGCCUUCUAUGUGAUCUUUACCUGGGAUAGUGGGGCACAAAUUUACGAACUCGUUGCUCAGUCUCUUGGCGAAAGAAAAAUAUGGACUGAAGUGAUCAAGACCGCAGUGGAUGAUCUGAAGAAGAGCGGUGCACCUAUGAAACUGACUUUGCCUGCUGUUGGCGCCCCCUACAGCCCUAUCACGCUCAACGCUCCUUUGAGCCCCACAGAGAAUGGCAGUCCAAAAAGUGGCAGUGAGCGAGAUAAGGACAGUUUGACUGAUGAGAAGUCUUCAGACCCACGGCACUCUUUGAUUGAUUUCCUGUCAGACAAAGGCUUCGACUUGAUAGGCCACUCCAACAGUGAUCAAGAAAAGGUGGCCAGUAGUGCUUUAGAUGAAGUCAUGUCUUUGAAAAGGUUUUUGGUGAACAGCAUUUGUUUCUCAGAAGAUCCACUACUAGAUAAAAAACACGAGGAUUUAUCGGAGAAUACCAGAGAAGCAACAGAAAGUAGCCACUCAGCGGCAGCUGAGGAAGAGAACAAUCACCUGGUCGUGAAGGAUGGGGCUGAGAUAAAGACAGACGAUGAAAGCAUCACUGCACCCAUGGUUCUGUCCCAGGAGAGGAUGGAGGAAGUGCUGUUGAAGAGGAGCACCAUCGACUACAGGAGGCGCUCUCCAAGUUCUCUCUGGAAGGUGGAAACUUCCAUUAGGUCUCUGUCAUGCCACCUGCUGGCCACUGGAGUUGUCCUGAUGCUGGGUUGA